AUGCCAAUCAUAGUUUGGCUAAGGUGUGCUGGGGAGCAGCUGCCUCACCCAGUGUUUCAAACUAGGGAUUAUUUCCUCGGUCUAUUCCUCACCCCACCAGGAAAAAAAGGGGCUGAGAAUGCCAUUCAUAGUUUGACAAAAUCGUACCUGAAGUGGACGAGGACCUAUGGCACGCCUACAACCUCAUUGCUCAUCGUACCCGAGGUGGAGGAGGACCUAUGGCACGCCUACAACCUCAUUGCUCAACCCUUCCUUUCCCAACACCUCCCUCCCUCCUCUUCUCCCCUUCUCCCUCCCCUAUCUCCCCCUCUCCCUAGAUCGUACCCGAGAUCGUACCCGAGGUGGAGGAGGACCUAUGGCACGCCUACAACCUCAUUGCUCAACCCUUCCUUUCCCAACACCUCCCUCCCUCCUCUUCUCCCCUUCUCCCUCCCCUAUCUCCCCCUCUCCCUAGAUCGUACCCGAGGUGGAGGAGGACCUAUGGCACGCCUACAACCUCAUUGCUCAACCCUUCCUUUCCCAACACCUCCCUCCCUCCUCUUCUCCCCUUCUCCCUCCCCUAUCUCCCCCUCUCCCUAG